UCUAAUUGGGUUUCUAAUGGGAGAAAAUCCAAUAAGAUUUCCACCAGCUAACAGUAUUAAUACAGAGGUCCCUGCCUUCGCAAGAAUACCCACCAAAACAGUACUUGAGCCCCAUUGAGAGUUGGUGAUCUAGAGCUUGCAGAAGGUAGAAGAUCUUUGUGUACCAGAGUCAGUUUUCCGCAGGUUAGUGCUUGAUGAGUUAGAGCUUCAAUUGUUAAAUCGAUCUACAUGCCCACUUCUCUUCUUGCUCUGCUUCUCCUUCUCCUUUUGGCCUACAAUGGCUUCUAUGUCUUCUGUAUUUACCUUCCUCUUUCCAAGCCCUCGGCGGACCCCGCCAUUUUCUCCCCGGGAAAUCUCGCCGUGGAAUCUGUAAGUAAUUGGGUUCCUGCUCAUGUUUCUUCUUCUUCUUCAAGUUCAAAAAUUUCUUCUUCUGUGAUGUAUGUGGUGAAGGAAGAAAAUGCGCCUAUGUUCUUAGAGACCUAUUUGCCUCCUCUGCACAACCCAAGAAAUUCAAUGGUACCCGUCUCAAAAUUUUCACUCCAAAGGCCAAGGCAGAUCAGAAAACACAAGCGCAAGCUCAAAAGCUUACCCCCUCAACCAAAACUCUCUCUGUUUUCAACAAGAAUGAGAGACUUCUUUGCUGGUAACUCUUCCUCUUGUAAAGUCAGGUUCUUUAUGACUUGGAUUCGUCCAACACUUUUGGAAACAGGGAAAUUGUUGGCUGUGGAGAGCUUGUUCAAGUCCCAUCCAAAUGCUUGUUUGGCCAUAGUCUCAAAUUCGCUGGAUUCAGAGAAAGGAAGUCAAAUUUUGAGGCCAUUCUCAGGAAUGGGUUUCAGGGUAAUGGCAAUUUCUCUGGACUUUGAUUACUUAUUCAAGAACACUCCUGCAGAAGCUUGGUAUUAUGAGCUAAAGGAAAGGGAAAGUGAAUCCUGGUGGAGUUUCUUUGGGUCAAAAUCUCUCUAAUUUGCUUAGGCUUGCUAUGUUGUAUAAGUUUGGUGGUAUUUAUUUAGACA